GGUUACAGAAUUCAUCUACAAUGGGGAAUGUUUUUGAAAAACUGUUUAAAAGCCUAUUUGGGAAAAAGGAAAUGCGGAUUCUCAUGGUGGGCUUGGAUGCAGCUGGCAAAACCACCAUCUUGUACAAACUGAAGCUGGGAGAGAUUGUGACAACCAUCCCUACCAUAGGUAUGUCCGUGACUGUGGUCUUUCCAGUUCAUAGUUUAGCAUGUUAUCCUUGAUGUGUUGCUUUUUAA